AUGUCACAACUCUUCACGACUUCGACAAUACCGUUAACAUUUGAACCUCAUGACGGACAUCAUUCACAUAGAAAACAUAAUCAUAUUCCAUCACCGACUGACCCCACAGAUACUGAAUUAGAAAAUAGAGCACCAAUUUGGCAAUGUGCUUUGGCUGGAGGAUUUGGAGGUGUAGUUGGGGAUAGUGUAAUGCAUUCUUUAGAUACCGUAAAGACACGACAACAAGGUUAUCCAUUCAAUUUAAAAUAUAAAAAUAUGAUACCUGCUUAUACAACCAUACUAAAAGAAGAAGGAUUUUUCAGAGGUUUAUAUGGUGGUUAUACACCAGCUGUAUUAGGUUCGUUUCCAUCAACUGCUGCAUUUUUUGGAACUUAUGAAUAUACUAAAAGAAAAUUAAUUAAUGAUUUUAAUAUGAAUGAAACAUUAUCAUACUUUAUAGCUGGUUUAUUUGGAGAUUUAGCAUCAUCUGUAUUUUACGUACCGUCAGAAGUAUUAAAAACAAGAUUACAACUACAAGGGACAUAUAAUAAUCCGUAUACAAAGGAAUGCGGAUAUAAUUAUAAGGGAUUAAUAAAUGCUAUUAUAACAAUAUAUAAAAAAGAAGGUUUAAAGACUUUCUUUUUUGGAUAUAAAGAAACUUUAUUUAGAGAUUUACCUUUCAGUGCAUUACAAUUAUCAUUUUAUGAAAAAUUCAGACAACUAGCGAUAUAUUAUAAUCAUGACUCCACGGAUUUAUCAGUACCUGUAGAGUUGUUUACUGGUGCAGCUGCUGGUGGAUUGGCAGGAGUGCUAACGACUCCAUUAGAUGUCAUAAAGACUAGAAUACAAACUGCAACAAACACAUCGGAUUUAAAUAAGAAUUUGAAAAUUCCAAUUAAAUUUGUAAAUAAUAAUGAAACUUUAAGAGCAUUGAUUUCUAUAUACAAAAAUGAAGGAAUAUUAGGUGCAUUUAGUGGUGUCGGUCCAAGAUUCAUAUGGACAGGUAUACAAAGUUCAAUUAUGUUGUUAUUAUAUCAAAUGUCAUUAAAACAAUUAGGUAAUAUAUUUGGAAACGAUAAUAGAAAUUUAAAAGCAUGA